AUGUCAACCAUCUUUUACAUAUCUAUACCUCCUAAUGACGAGAGGAGGACGUUGUUGAAACCUACGCUAUCUGUUUUUGAUCGAAUCAUUGAAUUGGAUGGGUUUCAAUCUUUAUUCAAACAGAUUUAUAACGAUCGUGUAUUGGAUGCAAAUUACAAUUAUGAAAAUGGUGUCUCCAUUAUUCUGUAUGAUCCAGCAGCUUAUACUAGCACUUGUAAAGAUGAUUUAUCCAUACGGCAUUUUAAUAAAGUGUUGAAACGCUUCUUACCGGUUUUAAAUUUGAAGUGUUAUGACAUUAAUACUACAGUCCCCAAGGAUUUAGUCCAUUUACAUCAUGAUUUGAUCAUUACGGAUAAUAGAAUCUUUAGAAUGCAUCAUUGGAUGUACGAUAAUUUAACUACUCAAAAUAAUACGAAUAGUAAUAAUAAGAACAAUACUUCUGUGGAAGGUGAUGAUGAAUCGAAUUUUUCCUGUUCAUCAUCCAUAUACAAGAUGAUAGACCAUUUGACUUUUUUCAAUAGAUUAAACACUACCGAUCCAUCUGAAUCAUCAGCUUUGGAUGAUCAUAUUAUAAUACCUGAAUUUUUAAAAUCUUUAAACUACGAAUCUCUUAUAAUUGAAAAUGAAAUCAAUAAUGAGACGAGCAUUCUUGAUUUAGAUUAUUUCACACUCUUUAAUGAUUGGGAUUUCCCUGCAAAUAAUCUAUCAAUAAAACAAUUACUAAUUUGUUCUUUUAAAUUAAUUGAAAUUCUAUCCAUUGAAUCUAAUUUACCAAUUCAAAAAAAUAAUUUAUUUCUUUUAUUAUUCACUUUAGAGGCUUCUUAUCAUCAAGUUAAUAAAUUCCAUAAUUUUAAACAUGCAGUUGACGUAAUGCAAGCUACUUGGAAAUUAUCAACAUUAACAUUAAAUAAUUUUCCAAACUUCAAUAUUUUGAAAUUAUUACUAUCUUUAGCUGCCAUUGGUCACGAUUUAGGCCAUCCAGGCACAAAUAAUCAAAUCAUUUGUAAAAAUGAUUCCAAAAUUUCAAAAGAAUUUCAUAAUAAAUCUGUAUUGGAAAAUUUCCAUCAAACAGUUUUCAUUAAACUUUUAAAUGAUCAAUGGCCAAAUUUAAUAAUUAAAAUGAAUUCAAUUUUAGAUUUUAAUAUCAUAAGGGAUGCAAUUUUAGCCACUGAUAUGGCUUUGCAUAAUAAUUAUGUCUCCAAAUUAAAAGAGAUUAAUUCUACUCCGAAGAUCCAGAACAUUACUACUUCAGAUGCAAAGAAUCCAAAUCAACAGAUAGAUUUGAAGACUUUAAUUUCAUUGAUUAUCAAAGCUGCAGAUAUCUCGAAUGUAACAAGACCUUUAGAUAUCUCAGCUCAAUGGGCAUUCUUGAUUACUUUAGAGUUUAAUGAUUUUAAUUUAUUGGAAAAAUAUUUUAAUAUUAAAAGUAAUCUAAAUAUAAAUAAACAUCUAUUAAAAGAUACCUCGAUGAUAAAAGAUAUAUCCGAUUUAAUGAAUAAUGAUAUUAUACAGAAUUUAACUACAGCUAAUAUUAAUAACACUAAUGAUGAUGAUGAUGACAAUGAUACAUAUGAUACUACAGAGGAUGAAUUAAUUGCAAGCUUGAAUGAAAUUAAAUCAUUACCUUCUUUAGAUACAAUUAAUAAUGAUAUCCAUCUAACUUUAGACGCUCUUAUCGAAAAAUAUCCUUCAAUUAUCAAUGGUCAAUUGUUUUUUAUUGAUACUUUUGCAAGUGGGUUUUUUGAAGAAUUCUCCAAGGCUUUACCACAGUUGAACUUUCUAUCAGAUAAUAUCAAAUCAAAUAGAGAUUAUUGGCUAAGUAAACGUAAAUGA